AUGCACCAGGAUGACGUGGCGCGGCGCCAGGUGGCGGAUAAGAUCGGUGAUGCCCUUGGCAUCGGUGUGUGGGGAGAAAGAGAGCACAUGCACCUGCCGAAAAGGAGGGAUUAUUUUGGGCACAGAUCUCAUCUCCCGGAUAUCCUCUCCCGGAUAUCCCCUCCCGGAUAUCCCCUCCCGCAUAUCCCCUCCCGCAUAUCCCCUCCUGCAUAUCCCCUCCAGCAUAUCCCCUCCCGGAUAUCCCCUCCCGGAUAUCCCCUCCCGCAUAUCCCCUCCCGCAUAUCCCCUCCCGGAUAUCCCCUCCCGGAUAUCCCCUCCCGCAUAUCCCCUCCCGCAUAUCCCCUCCUGCAUAUCCCCUCCAGCAUAUCCCCUCCCGGAUAUCCCCUCCCGGAUAUCCCCUCCCGCAUAUCCCCUCCCGCAUAUCCCCUCCUGCAUAUCCCCUCCAGCAUAUCCCCUCCCGGAUAUCCCCUCCCGGAUAUCCCCUCCCGCAUAUCCCCUCCCGCAUAUCCCCUCCCGGAUAUCCCCUCCCGGAUAUCCCCUCCUGCAUAUCCCCUCCAGCAUAUCCCCUCCCGCAUAUCCUCUCCCAGAUCUCAUCUCCCGGAUAUCCUCUCCCGGAUAUCCUCUGCCGGAUAUCCUCUCACCCCGGAUAAAGUGGAUACACCCCAGCCAUGCACACCCACUCACCCGGGCAGCACGAGCAGGUUGCGGGGGUGGGGCGCCCAGGCCUUGAAGGCGUGCAGGGAGAGCCCCCCUGAGAGCAUGCCAGGCGUGGCAAACAGCACCAUGGGCGAUGGCGCGUCCAGUAGCACCCGGUCGAAUGGCCGCACUGGAAGCAGAGAGGUGCAUGUGAAAGAGAGCGAACGGGGGAACUUGUGUCUUGUGGAGCUUGUGGAGAUGCUUGCAAUGGGAGCACUGACAGAGCAUGGGCGGCAGGCCAGAGCAGCGGGCGGCUUGCAGGCGGCAGGCUGCAGCAGCGAGCGACCCGCUGCAGCGUGCGGGCGGCAAUCGUUGGCACCAGUGGCGACCGCGAACUGCAGCUGCCGGAUAGCUAGCGUGCUGGGGGCCUACAGGGCGUGGGGCGAGGCGCGCCCGGACCAAGGCGCGCGCCCCGACCAAGGCGCGCGCCCGGACCAAGUCGCGCGCCCGGACCAAGGCGCGCGCCCGGACCAAGGCGCGCGCCCGGACCAAGGCGCGCGCCCGGACCAAGGCGCGCGCCCGGACCAAGGCGCGCGCCCGGACCAAGGCGCGCGCCCGGACCAAGGCGCGCGCCCGGACCAAGGCGCGCGCCCGGACCAAGGCGCGCGCCCGGACCAAGGCGCGCGCCCGGACCAAGUCGCGCGCCCGGACCAAGUCGCGCGCCCGGACCAAGGCGCGCGCCCGGACCAAGGCGCGCGCCCGGACCAAGGCGCGCGCCCGGACCAAGGCGCGCGCCCGGACCAAGGCGCGCGCCCGGACCAAGGCGCGCGCCCGGACCAAGUCGCGCGCCCGGACCAAGUCGCGCGCCCGGACCAAGUCGCGCGCCCGGACCAAGUCGCGCGCCCGGACCAAGUCGCGCGCCCGGACCAAGGCGCGCGCCCGAACCAAGGCGCGCGCCCCCGGACCAAGGCGCGCCCCCGGACCAAGGCGCGCCCCCGGACCAAGGCGCGCCCCCGGACCAAGGCGCGCCCCCGGACCAAGGCGCGCCCCCGGACCAAGGCGCGCCCCCGGACCAAGGCGCGCCCCCGGACCAAGGCGCGCCCCCGGACCAAGGCGCGCCCCCGGACCAAGGCGCGCGCCCGGAGCAAGGCGCGCGCCCGGAGCAAGGCGCGCGCCCGGAGCAAGGCGCGCGCCCGGACCAAGGCGCGCGCCCGGACCAAGGCGCGCGCCCGGACCAAGGCGCGCGCCCGGACCAAGUCGCGCGCCCGGACCAAGUCGCGCGCCCGGAGCAAGUCGCGCGCCCGGAGCAAGGCGCGCGCCCGGAGCAAGGCGCGCGCCCGGAGCAAGGCGCGCGCCCGGAGCAAGGCGCGCGCCCGGACCAAGGCGCGCGCCCGGACCAAGGCGCGCGCCCGGACCAAGUCGCGCGCCCGGACCAAGGCGCGCGCCCGGACCAAGGCGCGCGCCCGGACCAAGGCGCGCGCCCGGACCAAGGCGCGCGCCCGGACCAAGGCGCGCGCCCGGACCAAGGCGGUCGCGCGCCCGGACCAGGGCGCGCGCCCGGACCAAGGCGCGCGCCCGGACCAAGGCGCGCGCCCGGACCAAGGCGCGCGCCCGGACCAAGUCGCGCGCCCGGACCAAGUCGCGCGCCCGGACCAAGUCGCGCGCCCGGACCAAGGCGCGCGCCCGGACCAAGGCGCGCGCCCGGACCAAGGCGCGCGCCCGUACCAAGGCGCGCGCCCGGACCAAGGCGCGCGCCCGGACCAAGGCGCGCGCCCGGACCAAGGCGCGCGCCCGGACCAAGGCGCGCGCCCGGACCAAGUCGCGCGCCCGGACCAAGGCGCGCGCCCGGACCAAGGCGCGCGCCCGGACCAAGGCGCGCGCCCGGACCAAGGCGCGCGCCCGGACCAAGGCGCGCGCCCGGACCAAGGCGCGCGCCCGGACCAAGGCGCGCGCCCGGACCAAGGCGCGCGCCCGGACCAAGGCGCGCGCCCGGACCAAGUCGCGCGCCCGGACCAAGGCGCGCGCCCGGACCAAGGCGCGCGCCCGGACCAAGGCGCGCGCCCGGACCAAGUCGCGCGCCCGGACCAAGGCGCGCGCCCGGACCAAGUCGCGCGCCCGGACCAAGUCGCGCGCCCGGACCAAGGCGCGCGCCCGGACCAAGGCGCGCGCCCGGACCAAGGCGCGCGCCAGGACCAAGGCGCGCGCCCGGACCAAGGCGCGCGCCCGGACCAAGUCGCGCGCCCGGACCAAGGCGCGCGCCAGGACCAAGGCGCGCGCCCGGACCAAGGCGCGCGCCCGGACCAAGGCGCGCGCCCGGACCAAGGCGCGCGCCCGGACCAAGGCGCGCGCCCGGACCAAGUCGCGCGCCCGGACCAAGUCGCGCGCCCGGACCAAGUCGCGCGCCCGGACCAAGUCGCGCGCCCGGACCAAGGCGCGCGCCCGGACCAAGGCGCGCGCCCGGACCAAGGCGCGCGCCCGGAGCAAGGCGCGCGCCCGGAGCAAGGCGCGCGCCCGGAGCAAGGCGCGCGCCCGGAGCAAGGCGCGCGCCCGGAGCAAGGCGCGCGCCCGGACCAAGGCGCGCGCCCGGACCAAGUCGCGCGCCCGGACCAAGGCGCGCGCCCGGACCAAGGCGCGCGCCCGGACCAAGGCGCGCGCCCGGACCAAGGCGCGCGCCCGGACCAAGGCGCGCGCCCGGACCAAGGCGCGCGCCCGGACCAAGGCGCGCGCCCGGACCAAGGCGCGCGCCCGGACCAAGGCGCGCGCCCGGACCAAGUCGCGCGCCCGGACCAAGGCGCGCGCCCGGACCAAGGCGCGCGCCCGGACCAAGGCGCGCGCCCGGACCAAGGCGCGCGCCCGGACCAAGGCGCGCGCCCGGACCAAGGCGCGCGCCCGGACCAAGGCGCGCGCCCGGACCAAGUCGCGCGCCCGGACCAAGUCGCGCGCCCGGACCAAGUCGCGCGCCCGGACCAAGGCGCGCGCCCGGACCAAGGCGCGCGCCCGGACCAAGGCGCGCGCCCGGACCAAGGCGCGCGCCCGGACCAAGGCGCGCGCCCGGAGCAAGGCGCGCGCCCGGACCAAGGCGCGCGCCCGGAGCAAGGCGCGCGCCCGGACCAAGGCGCGCGCCCGGAGCAAGGCGCGCGCCCGGACCAAGGCGCGCGCCCGGACCAAGGCGCGCGCCCGGACCAAGGCGCGCGCCCGGACCAAGGCGCGCGCCCGGACCAAGUCGCGCGCCCGGACCAAGUCGCGCGCCCGGACCAAGGCGCGCGCCCGGACCAAGGCGCGCGCCCGGACCAAGUCGCGCGCCCGGACCAAGGCGCGCGCCCGGACCAAGUCGCGCGCCCGGACCAAGGCGCGCGCCCGGACCAAGGCGCGCGCCCGGACCAAGGCGCGCGCCCGGACCAAGACCAAGGCGCGCGCCCGGACCAAGGCGCGCGCCCGGACCAAGGCGCGCGCCCGGACCAAGGCGCGCGCCAGGACCAAGGCGCGCGCCCGGACCAAGGCGCGCGCCCGGACCAAGGCGCGCGCCCGGACCAAGGCGCGCGCCCGGACCAAGGCGCGCGCCCGGACCAAGUCGCGCGCCCGGACCAAGUCGCGCGCCCGGACCAAGUCGCGCGCCCGGACCAAGUCGCGCGCCCGGACCAAGGCGCGCGCCCGGACCAAGGCGCGCGCCCGGACCAAGGCGCGCGCCCGGAGCAAGGCGCGCGCCCGGAGCAAGGCGCGCGCCCGGAGCAAGGCGCGCGCCCGGAGCAAGGCGCGCGCCCGGAGCAAGGCGCGCGCCCGGACCAAGGCGCGCGCCCGGACCAAGGCGCGCGCCCGGACCAAGGCGCGCGCCCGGACCAAGGCGCGCGCCCGGACCAAGGCGCGCGCCCGGACCAAGGCGCGCGCCCGGACCAAGGCGCGCGCCCGGACCAAGGCGCGCGCCCGGACCAAGGCGCGCGCCCGGACCAAGGCGCGCGCCCGGACCAAGGCGCGCGCCCGGACCAAGGCGCGCGCCCGGACCAAGGCGCGCGCCCGGACCAAGGCGCGCGCCCGGACCAAGGCGCGCGCCCGGACCAAGGCGCGCGCCCGGACCAAGGCGCGCGCCCGGACCAAGGCGCGCGCCCGGACCAAGGCGCGCGCCCGGACCAAGUCGCGCGCCCGGACCAAGUCGCGCGCCCGGACCAAGUCGCGCGCCCGGACCAAGGCGCGCGCCCGGACCAAGGCGCGCGCCCGGACCAAGGCGCGCGCCCGGACCAAGGCGCGCGCCCGGACCAAGGCGCGCGCCCGGACCAAGGCGCGCGCCCGGAGCAAGGCGCGCGCCCGGACCAAGGCGCGCGCCCGGAGCAAGGCGCGCGCCCGGACCAAGGCGCGCGCCCGGACCAAGGCGCGCGCCCGGACCAAGGCGCGCGCCCGGACCAAGGCGCGCGCCCGGACCAAGGCGCGCGCCCGGACCAAGUCGCGCGCCCGGACCAAGUCGCGCGCCCGGACCAAGGCGCGCGCCCGGACCAAGGCGCGCGCCCGGACCAAGGCGCGCGCCCGGACCAAGGCGCGCGCCCGGACCAAGGCGCGCGCCCGGACCAAGGCGCGCGCCCGGACCAAGUCGCGCGCCCGGACCAAGGCGCGCGCCCGGACCAAGGCGCGCGCCCGGACCAAGGCGCGCGCCCGGACCAAGGCGCGCGCCCGGACCAAGGCGCGCGCCCGGACCAAGUCGCGCGCCCGCGCGCCCGGACCAAGUCGCGCGCCCGGACCAAGGCGCGCGCCCGGACCAAGUCGCGCGCCCGGACCAAGUCGCGCGCCCGGACCAAGUCGCGUGCCCGGACCAAGUCGCGCGCCCGGACCAAGUCGCGCGCCCGGACCAAGUCGCGCGCCCGGACCAAGGCGCGCGCCCGGACCAAGGCGCGCGCCCGGACCAAGGCGCGCGCCCGGACCAAGGCGCGCGCCCGGACCAAGGCGCGCGCCCGGACCAAGUCGCGCGCCCGGACCAAGGCGCGCGCCCGGACCAAGGCGCGCGCCCGGACCAAGGCGCGCGCCCGGACCAAGUCGCGCGCCCGGACCAAGGCGCGCGCCCGGACCAAGGCGCGCGCCCGGACCAAGGCGCGCGCCCGGACCAAGGCGCGCGCCCGGACCAAAUCGCGCGCCCGGACCAAGGCGCGCGCCCGGACCAAGUCGCGCGCCUAG